UCAGUUCCACUUCUUUCAUGUUUGCUCCUUUGUUGGGUUCUUGUGCCGAUUUCGCAGAGCCUGGGCACGCGUGGGUGAUGUCAAGCUCGAUCAUUUAACUGCCCAUUGUCGAGAAAAUGGAUCAAAAUUAACUCGCAGCGGACAAAUUAAAGAGAGAGCACGGGACGGGAGAACUUACUGGGGUGGGUGGGGUGGUGGUGUGGUCGCGCUUCUUGGCGCGGAAAUUUUUAGCGUCCGGUUGCGAUUUCGUAGAGCCAGUGUGGUGGUCGUGAUCUCGCCGAAGAUAAGAAUUUGUGCUUGGGAAAUUAUGAUCCGUCAACUCUAAGCAUCAUGUUCAAUCUUCUCCCGCCUGUUCCGAUAUGUUUGAUUCUUGAUUGCCUCGGUGGUGUUUGAUGAAAGUCCUCAAUCAGGGUACUGAACUUGGCAAAGUCUUUACACUGUUUAUAUGAUGUUGGUGCUUUAUAUAGAUAUCCGAUAUGUAGGAAGUAGGGGAAAUUUCUGCUGCAGGAUCCUCGAAUACUUUGGCAAAAAUCAGGGAGCUGGUGAUCGGACGAAAGAUCUGAUUUGAUUCUAGGACACUUGCAUGUGGGCCAUUUGCUGAUCAGUUUUGGCUCAUAAAAUGUUCUUCUGAUCAGCUUAUUGCAGGAACCUAUGCUUACUGCUUUCACUGGGCCUUGCAAAGUUACUGAUAGAUUAACUUGUAGAAUUGUUCUGAAGGACUUUUGGCAUGACGUUCAUGUGUGCUGAGAAUUGGGGCGCCUUUUGACAUAGAUAUUUGUGGAUACCAUGCCUGUGAGAUGGCCAAGACUCCUAAAUCCUACCCAGCUUUCUCAGAUACUAAAGUGCCAGAAAAAUCCAGUUACAGCUCUUGAAAUCUUCAGAGAAGCUAGACAUAAGUACCCGAACUAUCGUCAUAAUGGUCCAGUAUACUCCACCAUAAUUGGGAUUCUAGCAAACUGCAGCCGAAUUAGUGAGAUGGAAGAGGUGAUCAAUGAGAUGAAAGAGGAUUCGUGUGAGUGUGCAGAUUCCACUUUUGCAGCUGCAAUUAACACCUAUGCAAAACAUGGACUGCUCAAGAAAGCUGUUGGUCUUUUCCGAAUGCUUCCACAGUUUAAUUGUGUGAACUCGACGGAAUCUUUCAAUGUCCUUCUACAGAUUUUGGUAAAAGAAUCCAGGCUUGAAGAUGCUUAUCAUCUGUUCUUACAGGACUCUCACGGAUGGGCAGUGAAGUCCCGUCUCCGUUCCUUGAAUUUGCUCAUGGAUGCUCUAUGCCAGAGAAGGUGUUCUGAUCUUGCGCUUCGUAUUUUCCAGGAGAUGGAAUACCAAAAUUGCUAUCCUAACAGAGAGAGUUAUGGUAUUCUCAUGAGAGGACUGUGCGAAGAGGGGAGAUUGAAUGAAGCCACCCAUUUACUGUACUCAAUGUUCUGGAGGAUAUCCCAAAAGGGGAGUGGUGAGGAUAUUGCUGUCUAUAGAACCCUCUUGUCUGCAUUAUGCGAUAAUGGCCAAGUUCAAGAAGCGGUAGAAAUUGUUAGAAAAAUCUUAAAGAAGGGACUCAAAGCACCUAGGCAGCAUCUUCAGCCUCUUGAUCUUACAAGAUGUAACAAAGCUGAAGAAUUAGAGGUCAUGAAGCAUUCCAUCAACGAUUGUUUGAUCAAGGGCGGGGUCCCCAGUUCUGCUAGUUAUAGUACCAUUGCUGUUGACCUGUAUAAUGAAGGGAAGAUCAAAGAGGCAGAAAAGGUGCUUUCUGAGAUGCGCAGAAAAGGCUUUAGGCCACCAAAUUCUACCUACGAAGCAAAAUUGGCUGCUCUUUGCAGGAACGGUGAAGUGGAAGCAGCAGGGAAGGUCAUUGAUGUGGAGAUGGUGGAGAACAACUCUGUUCCAACACGAAGAGCAUAUAAUAUCUUGCUUGAAGGACUGUGUAAUCACGGGAAUUCAGUUGUGGCCAUUAAAUAUCUAGAAAAGAUGCGUAAAAAGUUAAGCUGCACCCCUGACAAGAAAGCUUAUGAAAUUCUGUUGGAUGGGCUUUGUCGUGAAGGUCGAUUUGGGACAGCGAGCAAAGUCUUGGAGCAGAUGAUUAUCAACUCGCAUCUUCCUCAUGUUGAUUUUUUCAGUACAAUUAUUCAAGGUCUUUGUACUAUCGGCAGGCACUAUCAAGCUGUCAUGUGGCUGGAGGAGAUGGUCAGCCGGGGCGACGUGCCGGGAGUCCCCAUCUGGAACUCCUUAGUUACAUCUGUUUGUUGCAAAGUGAAUGGCUUCGAGGAUUUGUAGUGACUUCUGAGACAUGUGCUGGAUUCUGUAAGCUCCCGUUGCCCAUGGAAGAGCACGCAAUUGAUAAUUUUUUGUACGUUCGAGCUGCGUCUUCACAUCUUUACACCAAAUUUUUGUGAAUCGUUUCUUUUUUCAAGGAAGUGGCAUAUCUACAUUUCUCCCUAGUUUAGAGUACAAAUUGAUAGGGAUGGGCUGAUUGUAAUCGUAUCUAAUAAAUAAAAUCAACUGCCUUGAUUUUUUA